GCUAGAAUAAGCAUAUUCGGAGCCACACUAGUACUCCAUUUUCCCUCCCCUCUCUCUAUAUCUUCUUUCUCUCUCCUCUUCCGUUGAUCAGUUAUAGCUCAGAUUUAACUGUAAAAAUGGUGCAUAACAGAUCAUAAAACCCCUAAUUUCAUAUUUUUUUGAUGGGUUUCCUUCGUUAGACCUAGGUUUAUUUAGUAGUUUGCUAGUUUAUGAAGCCUCCUUGGCCUCGUUGUCCGCUUUUUUGGGGUAAUUUUUUGCAACCCUAAAUUUUCGGUUAUUUGAGUUAACUAUUUGCUCAUUUUGCCCAUUUUGUGAUUUGGGAAAAGUUUGCCCCUUUUUCAUCCCCACGUUUGUUACUGCCAUUUUCCUUUGGAUUUCAAACUAAAUCAUAUUUGGUAUUGAUUUCCAUAAGUUCAAUCUUUUUCACUGUUCAUUUCAAAGAUCCUUGCGAUAUAAGGGCUAUCAAUAAUUAUAUUAAGAACAGUUAGAAAAGAUGGAUAUUGCAGAGUUGGAAGAAAAUCUAUUUGCAAUUAGUGAUGCCAAGUUACAUGGAGGCAUGUGCAAGAUUCUAUCCAAUAUAUACUGUAAAGUCUUGAAUAUAUUUCCGGCUCUUGAAGCGGCACGCCCACGCAGUAAAUCAGGAAUACAAGCAUUAUGUUCUCUGCACGUGGCGCUUGAAAAAGCGAGAAAUCUCUUACAACAUUGUUCAGAGUGUAGCAAAUUAUACCUGGCUAUAACGGGAGAUUCUGUAGUUUUGAAGUUCGAGAAGACAAAAUGUGCACUUAUGGACAGUCUUAAACGAGUAGAAGAUAUUGUUCCACAAUCUAUUGGUUGUCAGGUUCAACAGAUUGUUAGUGAAUUGGACGAGACCGUUUUCUCCCUUGAUCCGUCAGAGAAACAAGUUGGCGAUGACAUAAUUGUGUUGCUCCAGCAGGGUAGAAAAUUCGAUGACAAUUCUAAUGACAAUAGUGAACUUGAGUCUUUCCACCAAGCGGCAUCUAGACUUGGUAUAACUUCUUCUCGUACUGCUCUUGCCGAAAGACGAUCUCUUAAGAAACUCAUAGAGAAAGCUCGAAUAGAGGAAGACAAGCGGAAAGAAUCAAUUGUGGCCUACCUUUUACAUCUUAUGCGGAAAUAUUCAAAGUUGUUUAGAAGUGAUUUGGGUGACGAUCAGGAUUCCCAAGGUUCUGGACCUUGUUCACCCACAGUCCAAGGAUCUUCUGAAGACGGUCUUGCUUGCAACGGAAGGGCAUUUGACCGUCAACUAUCAAAAAUUAGUUCUUUUAAUUUUAGGCCGUCUUUCUCUUUUAGGGCGAUUAGGAAAUCUGAUCACGUACCUGUUCCACCGGAAGAACUCAGAUGUCCAAUCUCAUUGCAACUCAUGUUUGACCCAGUCAUCGUUGCAUCGGGACAGACAUACGAAAGGAUUUGCAUUGAGAAGUGGUUCAGUGAUGGGCAUAAUACAUGCCCUAAGACCCAGCAACAACUCUCUCAUCGCUGUUUGACUCCUAAUUAUUGCGUAAAGGGCCUUAUUGCUAGCUGGUGCGAGCAAAAUGGUGUUACUAUUCCUUGUGCGCCUCCCGAUUCUCUCGAUCUAAAUUACUGGAGGCUCGCAUUGUCGGAUAGGGAGUCAACACAGUGUAGGUACGAGGACAGUACCAAUUCGGGAAACAUGAAGGGGGCCGAGGUGGUAAUUCAUGAAAAUAACAUCAUUGAAGAGAUUGAAGGGAAUGAAGGUGAAAGUACGGGUGAGCAGGAUGAUGGCGAAAAUGUUUUUCGUAAAUGUGAGAACUUUUUGACUAUUUUACAAGGGGAGGAAGAUUUGAGAACCAAGCUGAAAGUCGCAGAGCAGAUACGAGGGUUGUUAAAAGAUGAUGAAGAAGCAAGGAUGUUUAUGGGUGCCCAUGGGUUUGUUGAAGUGCUUGUCGGCUUUGUCAAAUUUGCACUUAGUGAAAGGAAUGAUUUGGCCUUGGAGGUGGGAGCAAUGGCACUCUUCAAUCUUGCUGUUAACAAUAACAGAAAUAAGGAGUUAAUGUUACACGCACAGGUCAUCCCUGUGCUGGAGGAGAUGGUUGCGGAUCCUGAUUCUCAUGGAUUGGCAGCUGCUCUCUAUCUAAACCUUUCAUGCCUAGAUGAAGCAAAACCCGUGAUCGGUUCAAGCAAGGCAGUUUCCUUUUUAAUCAAGCUUCUCGUUACCAAAACCGAUCCACAAUGGAAACUGGACGCUCUUCAUGCUCUAUUUAACAUUUCAACGUGCCCAUCCAAUAUUCCGAAUCUCCUUCAAUCGGGUAUAAUCAAUGGUUUACUUCUGCUUCUGGUUGAACCCCGAGAUCCGACAUGGACUGAAAAGUCAAUUGCCGUUCUAAUAAACUUGGCAUCAAACAAUACGGCAAAAGAUGCAAUCUCAAUAGCCCCUAGACUUGUAAGCGCACUUGCUUCUAUAAUGGACAUGGGCGAGCCUAUCGAGCAAGAACAAGCCGUUUCAUGUCUGUUGGUUCUGUGCAACGGUAAUGACAAGUGCUGUCAAAUGGUUUUACAAGAAGGGGUAAUUCCGUCCUUGGUAUCAAUUCAAGUCAACGGGACAGCUCGAGGGCGAGAGAAGGCUCAGAAGCUUCUGAUGCUAUUCCGGGAGCAGAGGCAGCGGGAAUCAUCUCCUCAACCAGUAAACCGUUCUCCUUCAGUGCGAGAAUUUACAGCUCACGUCCAGCCUCCGGACCUUAAGCCACUAAGUAAAUCGAUCAGUGAGAAGGUACUGCCACUCCUCGAACAGAAGCCCCUCGGCAAAGCAGCUUCACGAAGGAAAAUGGGUAAGACGUUUAGUUUCUUUGGGAAACGAAAGACCGUCUCAGGUCCUCAGUUAUAACAGCCAUAAUCCUAUCUCUCGGUCUUUUGCGUUUUGUACUAAAACAAUGUAAAUUUGUCUUGUAUCUUCUUGUAAUCUUCCUUUGCCCUAAGCUUUUGGGCAACUCCCAUUUUUGGUUCUUCUAAACAGAGGAAGAGAUGUACAGAUCCAUCAAUGUAAUAGCAUUACUCUCUAUAUAUGCAUGUUUUCAGGGCAGAAAUACAUGUAAAAGAGUUUUAUGAUAGGUUUGCCUUAGAAAAACUCUUUAAGAUGUUUCGUAUCGUAUUAGCAUUACUCUAUUUAUGAUAGUUUUCGUUACGAAGUUUGUUGAUCGAUUCCUGAAGCGAACUCCCAAGAAGUUAAAGCUGUUUAUGAGGCGAGCUGGUUGUUCAAUUAUCUUGAGUGG